AUGGGCAGAGGUAGAGGAGGAGGAGGAGGAGGAGGAGGAGACACAGAGCUUCACACGGCGGCGAGGUCUGGUGACAUGAAAGUGGUGGAGACAAUUCUCAGCUCAAACCCUUUGGCUGUUAACUCUAGAGAUAAGCACUCUAGAACUCCAUUGCAUUUGGCAGCAUGGUCAGGGCAGGCAGAGGUGGUGAGCUAUCUCUGCAAGCACAAGGCUGAUGUUGGUGCUGCUGCAAUGGAUGAAAUGGGUGCAAUUCACUUUGCUGCCCAAAACGGCCAUUUAGAAGUUCUCCGAACUUUGCUUUCAUCAGGGGCCUCCAUCAAAGCUUCCACCAGAAAGGGCCUUACUCCACUUCACUUUGCUGUUCAAGGAUCCCAUCUGGAGCUAGUCAAGUAUUUGGUAAAGAAAGGAGCUGGCCUUACUGUCAAGACAAAAGCAGGAAUGACCCCUCUUGAUCUCGCAACCAAUGAAGAAAUCCGCAUGUUUCUGGAAGAAAGCGAAAAGACACUUACGAGAGGAACCUUGAAUGGAAAAGACAAAGCUGGAGUAUCUGAACCAAAGACUUCAGGGCAGGAUAAAUCAGAGAAUUCUGGGGGUGAAGCUACUGCUGGGGAGCAUGAAAAACAGGAGAAUGGAAGUGCUAAGAGGAAGGGCGAAGAAGAUGAUACCAAGGAAACCUCAUCAGAACCGAAAAGAGCAAGAGUAGCACUCAAUCAUCUUCUGAGUGCAGAUGACACUCAGGAAGAAGAAAACGUGUAA